AUGUCCAACAAACCCCUCCAAAUCCUCACUGUCAGUAUGAGCCGCCAUCUCACCGGCCACCCAAUCACCGACGUAAUCACCAAGAAUUGGUCCCAAGCCCCAGAAGACCAAGUACAUCGCUUCAAUAACGUUGGGUUCGACUUUGAUGGAAAUGAUAUACCCGGCGCGUUAGCCCAGUUGAAAGAAACAUUGGCAGGACAUCCUUGGGAUGGUAUCCUCGUUGGAUGGUGUAUUCGUGGGAAGCCAGAGUACACGGUUAUCUUUGAGGAUGUUAUCGCUCUUUGCACUGAGUUCAUUCGUGUGAAGCCGGCUAGCAAGAUAUUUUUCUGUACUGGACCGGAUAAUCUUGUCGAGGCUACCCUUAGGAACUUUCCGUGA